AUGAUCCCACGCACGGAAGCCAGUAUGAUCCGUGGUCGAGCUUCCAAUACAAUCUCCGCCCCAACUUUCAGUAUGAACAACGGCCAAGUACAUUUCAUGAUGGCACAUCCUCAGCAACUUGGGCCGAGGGUUCAGACUCAAGUCCCCACCAAGACUAUGCCCCUAUGCAGCGACCACAACAACAAUGGCAACAACAAUGGCAAUCCAGUCCUCACCAAGACUUCUCACCUUGGAAUCGACCACAACACCAAUGGCAACAACAAUGGCAAUCCACUCCCCACCGUAUGA